CGAGCCUAAAUCCGAAGUCCAGAGCAAGCCUGGCAGCAAAACAGGUCCUUCUCUCUCCGGCUGCCUUGCUCGCUCGCCUUUUGCUUCAACCCCUACCUCUCCUCAACAUGAAGCUCGUCAGGUUUUUGAUGAAGUUGAACAAUGAAACGGUGUCGAUUGAGCUCAAGAAUGGAACCGUUGUUCACGGUACCAUCACAGGUGUGGAUGUCAGUAUGAACACCCAUCUAAAGACAGUGAAACUCACGUUGAAGGGGAAAAAUCCCGUGACUUUGGAUCACCUUAGUGUGCGGGGUAACAGUAUUCGCUACUAUAUCCUGCCUGACAGCUUAAAUCUCGAAACAUUGUUGGUUGAAGAGACUCCUAGGGUGAAACCUAAGAAGCCAACAGCUGGGAGGCCUUUGGGACGUGGUCGGGGUCGUGGCCGUGGACGUGGACGUGGUCGAGGCCGUUAAAUAUGAUGCCUUGUUUUUUGGGACUGCUGGAUGC